UUAUGAACUGAGUGGGUGGGUGCGCUCCAGUCACGAGCAAAGGAAAGGGAAAUCAUUGUAAAUCUCAUUCAGUACCUUGUGCAUCCUUUUGACAAAAGAGGAAAAGGUUGUUUUUUUUUAAAUAAGUUUUUUCCAUGUCCUUUCUUUCUCUCAGCACUUCGAUUUUCCGACACAGAAGCAGUCCGCUUACACGCACAGACUGACCGAGGUUCACCUGAGCGCACCCCGCCUCCCUCCUCUCGCUAUUACGGAUUUGUAAUUUGUCAUCCAUUAAAAUCACUUUCAAACACUUUCUAGCUGCAUUAACAGCAAAAAAAGAGAGAAAAUCCUACCAAGCUUGGGACAUUCUGGACCGGAGAUCUGGAGAUGAAGACAGAUUUCACGCUUUUCUGCCGGACUUGGAUUGGAAUAGCAUACGCCUCAGGUCUGGUGAUUGGUUUAUCUAUGACUCCGCCCACGAUUGACAGCUCCAAAGGCGAUCGUGUAAUUUCUGUCAAUGAAACACUUUCUCUUACAUGCAGGGGACAGCGCACUCUGGCCUGGACUUGGCCGGACGAAACGCUGAUUGGACAGGAGCUCACAGAUCGCCAGCAACAGUUUCAGACCACCAGGUCACUCGGUCAGAGGACGAUCUUCAUCAGCGAAUGUCCCGGGCAGAAUGGGCAGCAGUACUGCAAGAGGCUGGUCCUGCAUGGCGCGCAGGGCAAAGACACGGGCUACUAUCGCUGUCAUUACAAAGACAUUAAUGCCAUCAUUGAUGGCACCACUGCUGUCAGGAUUUACACUUUUGUCAGAGACCCUGUGCAGCCCUUCCUCAUCAGAGGCGGAUCCAGCAGCGAACUGGAGACCAUUUACGUCACUCGCUCCGCCACGCACGUCAUAGUGCCAUGUCUGGUCACAAUUCCUGAUCUGAACGUCAUCCUUAAGUCGUAUUCUGCAGCUCUGGAAACCAGGGGUAUGAAGUGGGACAACAAGCAAGGCUGGUCCAUUCCCAGAUACGUCAUUGACAGCGCGCCACUGAUCAUUGUAACAUGCAUAGCCACACUGGAAGGCCAAGAGUACUCUUCUGACAACUACUUCAUUCAUACUACUGGAAGUAAGAUUUACGAAGUUAAGCUGUUUCCUGAGGAACCGGUAGAGUUGAUGGUGGGGGAGGCUCUCACCCUGAACUGCACGGCGACAGUGGAGUUCGACACCGGGGUGGACAUCCAGUGGUCUUAUCCCGGUAAACAGACAAACAGCUGGGUGGAGACCAAGCCCCAGCGAGAAGCUCUGUCUCACGCCACAGAGGCGGUUCAGGUCCUGACCAUCCACUAUGUCAACGUCACAGAUACGGGACCAUACGUCUGCAAUGUUACUAGCAUGGAAAGAACAGAAAUUCUCCAGACUCAAGUCAUUGUUCAUGAAGGGCCAUUUAUCAACCUGGACUAUACAGAUGGGCCUGUGGUGGAGGUAACUGCUGGCCAGAAGUCCUUCAAAUUACAACUAAACGUCUCUGCCUUUCCCACACCUGAAACGCAAUGGUACAAAGAUGGCAUGCUGAUAAACCAACGGGCGGAGUUCAAGAAGAAAAGGAUAAGAAUGCACUCUAACCAUGCUUUGGAGAUUAAAGAUGUUUGUCAGGAGGAUUCUGGUCUGUACACUGUGGUGCUGAAAAACAGUGUCGCUUUGCUAGAGAAGAGGCUAAACAUCACUGUUGUUGUCAAUGUUCCCCCAGAGAUUUAUGAGAAAAAAGCAGCUGCUCCUUCCAGUCCUUAUCGCAUUGGCAGCAGCCAGACGCUGAAAUGUACUGCCUACGGACUCCCUGCACCCAACAUCAGCUGGCAGUGGAGAGCCUGGGGGCCCUGUGUCGUCAACAACACUGAAAAAUGGCUAGUGCAGCGAGACAGGAAGAGCGGGAGCGACAGGACCGCAGACUGUCAGAACUGGCAGGACAUUUACUCAGAAAACACCAUGAAUGAAAUUGAACCUGUUGACACAUCUGUUGAAGUGGUGGAUAAUCAAGAGAAGAUUGUGAGCAGGCUUCAGAUACGCAACGCCAGCGUUUCCGUCAUCUAUAAGUGCUCUGCUGAAAACAAAGUGGGCAAAGAUGAGUUCCCUAUCUACUUUUAUGUGACCACCAUUCCUGAAGGUUUCAGCGUGGAUGUUCGUCCUUCUGAGAAUCCCCUGGAGCAGGACAAAGUGUCUCUGUCCUGCAGCGCCGACAACUACACCUACGAUCAGCUGCAGUGGUUUCGCCUUAAUCCCCAGGCUCUGCAGGACCAGCAGGGCAAGCCCCAGGGGCUGGACUGUGGCAGCGUGCACCACUACGCUGAGCCCCUGCUGGCCGCGCCGUCCUUCCAGCCGCACUCCAACAGCUGGGUCCUGGACUUCACCAUGGAGUCCGUACGGCUGCAGGACGAGGGACACUACGUGUGCAAAGCUCAGGGAAGACGCAACGAGGAGAAACAGUGCCUGUUUCGAUACAUCUCCGUCAAAGCCCUGGAGGCUCCUCGGUACAAGCGCAGCCUCAGCAACCAGACGGUGAACGUAACCGAGUCUCUGCGGAUGGAGUGCGACGUGGAGGGCAGACCACUGCCCCGUCUGUCCUGGUUCAAAGACAACCAACCCCUCCACCAAAUGUCAGGGAUCCAGCUGCAUGACUCGAACCGUACGCUGAGUAUCCAGCGGGUCACAGAGGAGGAUGCUGGACUUUACACCUGCACCGCCUGCAACCAGCGAGGCUGCGUCCACUCCUCAGCCGCCGUGAGGGUCAUCGGUUCAAGCGACAAGGCCAAUGUGGAGAUAGUUAUCCUGAUCGGGACAGGAGUCAUCGCUGUGUUCUUCUGGGCUUUGCUCAUCCUCAUCUUCUGUAACGUGAAACGGGUUAACCCAGCAGACAUAAAGACAGGCUAUCUGUCGAUCAUAAUGGACCCUGGGGAGGUGCCGCUGGAGUCGGAGUACCUGCCCUACGACUCGUCACAGUGGGAGAUCUCCAGAGACAGACUCCGACUGGGAAAAGUUUUGGGCCACGGUGCCUUUGGAAAAGUGAUGGAGGCAUCGAUCUACGGCAUCAGCAAGAGCAACAGCUUAAACACGGUGGCCGUCAAGAUGCUAAAAGAUGGAGCCACGGCCAGUGAGCACAAGGCUUUGAUGUCGGAGCUAAAGAUCCUGAUUCACAUCGGUAACCAUCUGAACGUGGUUAACCUGUUAGGAGCCUGCACCAAACCCAGUGGUCCAUUGAUGGUGAUAGUGGAGUACUGCAAAUAUGGGAAUCUUUCCAACUUCCUACGAGCCAAGAGGGAGUUCUUCCUUCCCUACAGGGACCGCUCACCAAAAACCCAGAGCCAGAUGAGGCGGAUGAUCGAAGCCGGUCAGACGGAUCAAAGAGCUCGGCGGACUCCUCCGGCUUCCUCCUCGCCGCUCGGCAGUCCUCGGGUUACAUCAUCCAAGGCAUCCAAUCAGAACCAGGCGGUGGAGAAAACGGAGGACCUGUGGAAAACCCCGCUGACCAUAGAGGACUUGAUAUGCUACAGCUUCCAGGUGGCUCGUGGGAUGGAGUUCCUGGCCUCCAGAAAGUGCAUCCACAGAGAUCUGGCGGCCCGGAACAUUCUCCUGUCAGAGAACAACGUGGUGAAGAUCUGCGACUUCGGCUUGGCCAGAGACAUUUACAAAGACCCAGAUUACGUCAGGAAAGGCAACGCUCGCCUGCCUCUGAAGUGGAUGGCCCCAGAGAGCAUCUUUGACAAAGUGUACACCAGCCAGAGUGACGUGUGGUCUUUUGGAGUCCUCCUCUGGGAAAUCUUUUCACUCGGUGCUUCUCCGUAUCCGGGGGUGCAGAUUGAUGAAGACUUCUGCAAACGGUUGAAAGAUGGCGUCAGAAUGAGAGCACCGGAGACGGCCUCUCCUGAAAUAUACGGCAUCAUGCUGGCCUGCUGGCAGGGCGAGCCCAAAGAGAGGCCGACGUUCCCUGCUCUGGUUCAGAUCCUGGGAGACCUGCUGCAGGACAACAGUCUACCUGAUGGGAAGGAUUACAUCCCCCUGAACCACUCGCAGAACUCAGAAGAUGACGGUUUCUCACAGACUUCAUCUCGUCCUGCGUCAGAGGAGGAACUGAGAAUGGCCUGCAACGCUCUGCCCACAAGGUAUUAUAACUGUGUUCCCUUUGCCGGCUGUGUGUUUGUGGGGCCCUCUAAAACGUGCCAGCCCAGAGUCGAGACAUUUGAAGAUAUGCCCCUGGAGAUGAAUUCACAGAAACCUCCACAGGACAACCAGACCGACAGCGGGAUGGUUCUGGCCUCUGAGGAAUUUGAGAGAAUCGAGCACAGCCACCGGGGAGCCGUGUUGAAAAGUCGGAUGAGCAGCACCAGCAGCACGGAGCCGCUGACGGCCUCCCAUUGUUCCCUGGGUCAGAACGGCGGCAGCUCCGGACUCCGUCCCAACUUCUUCAGCCAGCUGACAGGACAGACCUUCUACAACAACGAGUACGGUCACCUGUCUGAGGAGGGCUUCUGUGACUUCUACUCGUCUCCAGGGACCGCUUCCUUGGCCUCAUCAAAUGUCUAAUAUUAUACCACAGAAGAAGACCUUUGCGCAGAUAACGUCUUGCUAGUAUCGACAUGAGUGAAGACCUCCUGAGCAGAACUGGCUUUUCAUUCUUCCUCAACAAAUGGACUUAUAGAUAUGUGCCUGAAGUUCCUCUAACCAGCCACUGGGUGGCAAUAUUAUGACAAAAAUGAUAAAUCAUUUUUUAUACAUACAUUUAUAUUUUUAUGUUUUAUAUGUAGUUUUCCUCUCCUUUUUUUACAUGGUAUGACUCACUUAGUCAGAAAUAAAGACAAUUUAUCCCUU